AUGGAGAGUAUUGAUGUUUGGAGAAAGUUGCAAGUAGAGUACUCACGUUUUGGCCAAAGCAAGUUAGAUACUGAAAAGUUGGCCGAAGUGACAUAUGAAGAUUGUUAUGCCAAAAAUGGUUGGGUGGGCAUCGAAGUCGACAAACUGCACAAUUAUUUGUUUGCGGGUCUUGGUCAUCACAUAAUACAGUGCAAAUCAUUCGAUGAUAUGAUUUAUGUGAAACAAAUAUUGAUGACAUUUGAUGAGAGUUUCGAACAAACUCAUUACUCUUUUGGAUCUGACGUAGAAAGAGGUGAUAGCCAACCAAGAGAUUAUGACCGUAGAGACAGCCAAAGACAUAGUGACAGAGAUCGUGGUUAUGAUCGUGAAAGAGAUAGGGAUCGUUCCCGCAGUCUUGAUUUAAGAAGUCACCAAAGAUCUCGUUCAAAGUCUAGAGGACGUUCCAGGGUCAAUCCUCCUAAUUGGGAUGAGGAUGAGGAUGGGUUAUGGAAACCUCCAAGAAUACCAAACCCGAAAUAUAAGGGACCAUGGAAGAGAAAGAUGUAUUAUCUUCAGUUAACAGAAACAUUUAUGGAUUUUGAGUUCCUCAUUAUUUCGAGUAAUAGAUACCUGAAGCUAUUUAUGUAG